UAAUGUGAAUGAUAACCGGCAAUAAAAUAUUGAAAAACUGUAAAAACUUGAAAUUAUUAUAACAUUAAUUAUAUUACAUCCAAUAAAAAUUUCGUUAUGGAAGUAGCAUUAUAAAUUACAGUUCAAGAUUAACGUUGAUACGACAAUGAGCAAUGUACUAAGGACGUGCAGGGGCUUUGUUCUAUUGUUUAACCGACAGUGUAUCAAGUCUGUCCAACGAGGGUUUCACUCAACAGAACCAUGUUUUGACAAACGUCCUAAAGUUGACGUGGUAAGCGUAGAUAGUUUCAAUAAUGUCCAGAACAAGAAUAAGAAGACGUAUUUGGAUAUGUUAAGGGUGUACCAAAUGGAAAAAUAUCGAUCUGGUCAUGUAGAGUUUAUAAACACGGCACUUAAACAUCUAGAUGAAUUUGGCGUAAAUGAAGAUUUAGAAACUUACAAGAAACUCAUCCAAGUAUUACCAGCUGGAAAAUUUGUCCCCCAAAACUAUAUACAGUCAGAGUUUAUGCACUACCCAAAACACCAGCAGUGUAUCAUCGAUUUAUUACAGAAAAUGGAAGAUAACGGAGUAAUUCCUGAUUGGGAAGUAGAGGAUUUGCUUGUAAAACGGUUUGGUCCUCGUGGAUUUCCUGUUCGGCGCUACUGGCGCAUGAUGUACUGGAUGCCAAAAUUUAAUAAUCUAUCCCCUUGGCCUAUACCUAAGCCUGCACCUAAUGAUCCUUAUGAACUAGCAUUAUUAGCUAUCAAAAGGAUUAGUAGUAUUGAUAUUGAAUCCGAAGUUAAAGUAUACAAAACUAAUCAAUUAGAAGAAAGCUUAGAAGAUACAUGGAUAGUUAGUGGUCAAAGUCCUGAUCAAAAGAAAUUAAUUGAAAAUCACCCAGAUAAUAUCCCUAUAUACAUUGAAGGGGGGUUUAGAAUAUGGCUUCGAAAACAGAGUAUUAUAUAUUUCAUUUUAAGGACCGAACCUCCUCCAGCAAUAGAAAACGAAGAACAAGAAGAUGAAGACGAUAUUAGUAAUUUUCGUGUACCUUUUUUGGAUAACCCAAUUCCGAAAAAAUCCGAUAAAAUUGCUAUAAAAAAAACUGUGCAUGAACAAGAAGAUGGUACGAUACUUGCAGUUGCUGCCACUGGUACAUCCAGUAAAAACUCUUUAUUAUCUUGGAUAAGGUUCUUGGAGAAAGAUGGAAACCCAAGACUAACUCGUAUACCAAUUUUAUUUACAAGUAAAUCACCACUUGGAAAUGUGGAACCAUUGUCUGAACUUGAUGAAUCUAAGAAAGAAGUCGAACAGUCGAAACAAAAAGUUCCCAUAGAGUAAAAUGUAAAUUUAUAUCAAGUUAAUCAGUUUGGAUUUAUUACACGGUCAACAAUUGAGUUAUAAGAUACAGCUAUUUGUGAUUCAGGAUGAGUUAAACCGACAUAUUUUGAUGUCUCGGAGGAUACUCUUGGAUCUAUUGGUACAGUUCCUAAAAAAGGAACUUGGAAAUGUUCAGCUAAAGAUUUUCCACCGUUGGAUGAAAACAAAUUUGUACACUCCUAUAAAAUAAAACAAAAAUUAUAAAUAUUUAAAUUUGUAAA